AUGUCGCCGUUCCCGGCAACAGCUGAAGAGGGUCAGCGAAAUUGUCCAUCUCCAGGAAGCCAUUCCAACGGAAAAGCUGAUUCUGCUUGUCCAUCGACAAGUUCUUGUCCCUCGGAUGAGAACGAAUCCAAGGAAGCUGCCAGUUCAACAGGCCACAAUACCGAUCCUGUAAGCAAAGAUCUCGCCACCACACCACCAGAUCGAGCUCGAUCUCCAUCGCGGGAGCGCGACUUCCGUCUGACGGCUCGUCUCGGAGCUGCUGCUGCUCGACGUCGACCCCCCCCCCUCCUCACCCCCCACUCUGCAAAUGUUGUGCGUGCAUUCCGAUUCUCCAGCGUCACUAGAAGUUCUCCCAACGUCGCCAACUUCUAA